UCCUCCACAGGUUGGACUGGUUUUAAUUCUGUCACUCUCAUCUAUUUUUAGACUCUGAAGUUAUGAGGAUGUGACUUCGUCCUCAGAUCAAAUCCAGGACUGACGAGGGACAAAGAGCAGCUUCUUCUAUUUAAAUGUUUUCUCCACACAUGAAGGUGGAAAGUGUCUGGAAGUCGACCUGAAGUUCAGAAGAUAAGAAGAAGGUGGACUCUGCUAUGGAUCAGAGUGAGGACACACAGGAGGGAGUCCCUCCCUCUAAAACCACUCUGAGGGGGGACCAUGAGAACCAGAUCAGAGCUCGGAGGGCCAUCCGGAAAAGACCUGACUCUACUGUACCCAGCUGUGUCUCCAUGAAGAGCGACUGGUCUAUGACUAGACCCAUCAUGUUUGCAGAUGGACAUCAGACUGUUCAUGAAGGAGUUAACCAGCAGAGCUCAGAGAUUCUCAGUGAUCAGUCUGUCCCUCAGCAACAAACACAUCUAGAAUCCAUAUUGAUGCUGCUGGAGGAGAACAUGGUCAGUUUUAUGAAGAACGAGCUGAAGAAGAUCAAGAAGGUUCUGAGUCCAGAUUACCCAGAACGCUCAGAGAAUCAGAGGGAGGAUAAGGAAGUGUUGGAGGGUGAUGAUGAAGAGCAGAGGAGGAGCAGCAGAGAUUUAUUUGUGAAGAUGACAGUGAACUUCCUGAGGAGAAUGAAGCAGGAGGAGCUGGCUGACUGUCUGCAGAGCAGAACUGUUGCUGCAGAGUGUGGAGGUAAAGUUAAAUCUAGUCUGAAGGAGAAGUUCCAGUGUGUGUUUGAGGGGAUUGCUAAAGCUGGAAACUCAGCCCUUCUGAAUGAGAUCUACACAGAGCUCUACAUCACAGAAGGAGGGACUGCAGAGGUCAAUGAUGAACAUGAGGUCAGACAGAUUGAAACAGCAUCCAGGAAACCACACAGACCAGAAACAAGCAUCAGACAAGAAGACAUCUUUAAAGCCUCACCUGGAAGACAUGGACCAAUCAGAAGAGUGAUGACAAAGGGAGUGGCUGGCAUUGGGAAAACAGUCUUAACACAGAAGUUCACUCUGGACUGGGCUGAAGACAAAGCCAACCAGGACAUCCUCUUCAUAUUUCCAUUGACUUUCAGAGAGCUGAAUGUGGUGAAAGAGAGAAAGUUCAGCUUGGUGGAACUUGUUCAUCACUUCUUCACUGAAACCAAAGAAGCAGGAAUCUGCAGCUUUGAAGACUUCCAGGUUGUGUUCAUCUUUGACGGUCUGGAUGAGUGUCGACUUCCUCUGGACUUCCACAACACUGAGAUCCUGACUGAUGUUACAGAGUCCACCUCAGUGGAUGUGCUGCUGACAAACCUCAAGGGGAAACUGCUUCCCUCUGCUCGCCUCUGGAUAACCACACGACCUGCAGCAGCCAAUCAGAUCCCUCCUGAGUGUGUUGACAUGGUGACAGAGGUCAGAGGGUUCACUGACCCCCAGAAGGAGGAGUACUUCAGGAAGAGGUUCAGAGAUGAGGAGCAGGCCAGCAGCAUCAUCUCCCACAUCAAGACAUCACGAAGCCUCCACAUCAUGUGUCACAUCCCAGUCUUCUGCUGGAUCACUGCUACAGUUCUGGAAGAUGCAUUGGAAAUCAGAGAGGGAGGAGAGCUGCCCAAGACCCUGACCGAGAUGUACAUCCACUUCCUGGUGGUUCAGGCCAAAGUCAAGAAGGUCAAGUAUGAUGGAGGAGCUGAGACAGAUCCACACUGGAGUCCAGAGAGCAGGAAGAUGAUUGAGUCUCUGGGAAACCUGGCUUUUGAUCAGCUGCAGAAAGGAAACCUGAUCUUCUAUGAAUCAGACCUGACAGAGUGUGGCAUCGAUAUCAGAGCCGCCUCAGUGUACUCAGGAGUGUUUACACAGAUCUUUAAAGAGGAGAGAGGCCUGUACCAGGACAAGGUGUUCUGCUUUGUCCAUCUGAGCGUUCAGGAGUUUUUGGCUGCUCUUCAUGUUCAUCUGACCUUCAUCAACUCUGGUGUCAACCUGACGGAAGAACAACCAGCUACAAGUCAGAAGUCUAAAGUCUUUAGAAACAAACCUAAACUAACACAUCUCCAUCAGAGUGCUGUGGAUAAGUCCUUACAGAGUCCAAAUGGACACCUGGACUUGUUCCUCCGCUUCCUCCUGGGUCUUUCACUGCAGACUAAUCAGACUCUCCUACGGGGCUUGCUGACACAGACAGGAAGUAGCUCACAGACCAAUCAGAAAACAGUUCAGUACAUCAAGAAGAAGAUCAAGAAGAAUGUGUUUGCAGAAAGAAGCAUCAACCUGUUCCACUGUCUGAAUGAACUGAAUGAUGGUUCUCUAGUGGAGGAGAUCCAACAGUCCCUGAGAUCAGGAAGUCUCUCCACAGAUAAACUGUCUCCUGCUCAGUGGUCAGCUCUGGUCUUCAUCUUACUGUCAUCAGGAGAAGAUCUGGAUGAGUUUGACCUGAAGAAAUACUCUGCUUCAGAGGAGGCUCUUCUGAGGCUGCUGCCAGUGGUCAAAGCCUCCAACAAAGCUCUGCUGAGCAGUUGUAACCUCUCAGAGAGAAGCUGUGAAGCUCUGUCCUCAGUUCUCAGCUCCCCGUCCUCCAGUCUGAGAGAGCUGGACCUGAGUAACAACAACCUGCAGGAUUCAGGAGUGAAGCUGCUGUGUGCUGGACUGGAGAGUCCUCACUGUAAACUGGAAACUCUUAGUCUGUCAGGUUGUCUGAUCACAGAGGAAGGAUGUUCUUCUCUGGCCUCAGCUCUGAGCUCCAACCCCUCCCAUCUGAGAGAGCUGGACCUGAGUAACAACAACCUGCAGGAUUCAGGAGUGAAGCUGCUGUGUGCUGGACUGGAGAGUCCUCAAUGUAAACUGGAAACUCUCAGUCUGUCAUUUUGUCUGAUCACGGAGGAAGGAUGUUCUUCUCUUGCCUCAGCUCUGAGCUCCAACCCCUCCCAUCUGAGAGAGCUGGACCUGAGCUACAACCAUCCAGGAGACAAGGGAGUGAAGCUGCUGUCUGCUGGACUGAAGGAUCCACUCUGGAGACUUGACACUCUCAGGAUGGACCAUGGUGGAGAGCAGAGGUUAAAGCCUGAUGUCAGGAAGUAUUUCUGUGAACUUGAAGUCGACACAAACUCAGUUGGUAGAAAACUCAAACUAUCUGACAACAACAGGAAGGUGACACAUGUAAUGAAGGAGGAGCAGUCAUAUCCUGAUCAUCCAGACAGAUUUGACUACUGUUAUCAGCUGCUGUGUAUAAAUGUUGUGACUGGUCGAUGUUACUGGGAAGUUGAGUGGAGAGGAGAUGUUGAUAUAUCAGUGAGUUACAGAGGAAUCAGAAGGAAAGGAGACAUGAAGGACUGUUUGUUUGGAUUCAAUGAUCAGUCCUGGAGUCUGAGCUGCUCUGAUCAUGGUUUCUCUGUUCGUAACAAUAACAGAUCAACACUCAUCUCCUCCUCUGUCUCUAACAGAGUAUCAGUGUAUGUGGACUGUCCUGCUGGAACUCUGUCCUUCUACAGAGUCUCCUCUGACAAACUGAUCCACCUCCACACCUUCAAAACCACAUUCACUCAACCUCUCUAUCCUGGAUUUGGGGUCUGCUCUCCUGGUUCCUCAGUGUCUCUGUGUUCUCUGGAGGAAGGAGAGUCUCUGAAGUGACAACAGCUUCAAAGUCUGAGGUUUAAUUGUUAAUGGAGGAUGACGCUUCUCUUUAGUUCUCAGAUGAAUCUCUCUGGUUUAAUUCCAUAUGUUUUGUCUUAGAAGUAGUGAAAUUAUCCUCUGACCACUGAACUCCUGUCAGUCCACUGAACUGGACUGACUUUGAUGAUCACUUCUCACUGGAAAAUCCUGGACACAUGAAGGACAAACUGAGAAAUAAAGGAAGGAACAGAAAACACAAACUGUUGAGGUUGGAUUGGAUAAAAAAUGUCCGGAGCACUGCUGGUGUUCCUCAGAUCAAUGGUGUGCUGGAAACAGAACAAUGACUGAAGGAACAUAGAAAAAUCAUUAAGAAAAGCACAUAAAAAAAUACAGGUCCAAGUGCUGGAAUGGGUUUGAAAAAGUAAAAAAACUUUAAUUUAUGGGUGGGAGUCCAACAUGAACAUAUUUCAGCUUGUGCCUUCUUCAGGUCGUGGAGAUUCAGUGAAACAGAACAGAAUUGUAGUUGGAGUCACCACAGGUGUGCAACAUUGGGAUAUGCACCAUUUUCUUUUGAUCUCUAGGGGUAAAGAUGUGUAGGGUCCUCACUCAAAAGUCAAAUCAAAUCAAAUAAACUUUAUUUAUAUAGCAACUUUUAUACAAAUGAAUUGCAACCCAAGAACAAACACAUAGAACAGACAAAUAUAAAACAAGUCAGAAGAACCACCAGAACCCCCCUGGCCCAGGCAGACUGAGGAGUCCAUGCCACAACCACAGGCAGUGACCGCCCCCACCAUCCCCACCAGGUCAUCAUGGCUCCCAGAGAGGACGGUCCUCAGUGUCUGAUGGGCAGUGAAAGCAUCGACAUUUUACUGAUCUUUCAAUCCACCUCUCUUCUCUGGAUAAAAUAUUGUCAGAUUUUUCUAUUUGAACCUGUGGAUUAUUAUAACUUAAUACUGGAUGCAAAAAGAUAAUAAUAAUGUACAUUCAUAAAUAGCACUAGCCUGAGUUUAGUAUAGAACACAUAUAGUAGGUAGGGGGUCCCCACUUAAUCUCUCCAUCAGUUUGGGGUCCUCGACCUGAAGAAGACCCCUGAUCUAGAGCAUGAACGAAGAGACACAGACGGAAACUUAACCUGAAAACUCACAUAUAGACAAAGACUUUAUGAAUGUGAGUCUUCAAUCAAAGUCAUAAAAUAUCAUGUAAAUGAAAAUGUUUUCUCAGUUUGAAAACAUCUCUUGGUUUGAAUGCUGUCAAAGGAAUUAUUUCAGUGUUGGGAUCAUGAAGCAGAGGUCCUGCCAGAGAGGUCAGAACCUCAUGUUUUCUAUUUAGAUUGUUCACCAGCAAAUAGUCACUUCUUCUUUUAACAACCCCCUGAGUGUAAUCAGCUGAGUGACUCCAGAGGUGAAGGCUUUUCUUUUCUAUUCUUGUCUGAGUGGCUCUUCCUGUGUUGCCACUCAGGCAUCCAUCAUCAUGAAGAGGCACCUGAAGCAGUAAUGAUGUCCCAGGUCAGCCUGAAGGUCAGGAGCUUUACAUCAGACUAAUUCUGAUGUUUCCUCCAUCCUCCAACCUCUGACCCACACAUCAUCCAUGGCUUGACAUCUUUAAAGUUGUUCUUGUCACCUGUGACUCAACCGAGGCUGCGAACCAGUAGUUAAAUGUGUUAUGGGCAGAUCAGGAGGAAACAGGAGAUGAUGAGGAGGUUUAAUGAGUCCCUUCUCAGCCUGUUUGCUGACAUAUCUCUCAUUUACAGCAUAUGUGGUCAAGUCAUUUAAAGAAAAUAUUGAAAUCAGAUUCGUCACUAAUAGACUCAGUGUUCUUUUAUUGAUGGCAGUUUGUCAAAAUCUGGACGAAUUCUUCAAAUUCAAAUCACAUACCAGCUAAUUUAUAAUGUGAUGAUUUAAGAGCCUUCCAUGUUUCCACAGUGAGACUUUCUAGACAUCUGCUCUUGAACUUUGCUCUUAUUCUUGUUUUGAUGAACCUAUAAAUACUGAUACUGAUGUUAAUGUGAACCAGCCAGAGACACUGAGCUCUCCACCAUCUUUCUUCCUGCAAUAAAACCAAUAAAAGA